AUGAGUUUCCAUAAGGAGGACGGAGUGAGCAGCCUGUGCCAAAAGGCACUGCACAUCGUCACGGAGCUGUGCUUCGCGGGCCAGGUGGAGUGGGAGAAAUGCUCCGGCAUCUUCCCCCCGGACGGGGGCAGCCAAGGCGGAAGUAACACAGAUAUUUCAGUCAGCCUGUUAGCAGUUGUUGUCAGCUUUUGUGGCCUGGCCUUGCUGGUUGUUUCACUUUUUGUCUUCUGGAAGUUAUGCUGGCCUUUCUGGAAGAGCAAACCCAUGACUUCCAACAUCAGUACCCUUCCACAGAGCAUGUCAAGUGCUCCCACUGAAGUUUUUGAGACUGAAGAGAAAAAAGAGAUUAAAGAAAAUGGAGAACCAGCACUAAAAGUUAUUGAGCCUGCAAUAAAAAUCAGCCACACUUCCCCUGAUAUCCCAGCCGAAGUCCAAACUGCUGUAAAAGAACCUUUAGUUAAACAUGCACGUGUGCAAAGACAAACAACUGAGCCUACAUCUUCAUCCCGACACAAUUCCUUCAGAAGACACCUACCAAGACAAAUGCAGGUUUCCAGUGUUGAUUUUGGCAUGGGCACAGAACCCAUUUUACAAAGAGGAGAAACAACCACCAGCAUUGGGAGAAUAAAACCAGAACUCUACAAACAGAAAUCAGUGGACUCUGAGGACAACAGGAAAGAAGAUGUCAAAACCUGUGGGAAGCUUAAUUUCACCCUCCAGUAUGAUUAUGAAAAUGAACUUCUAGUGGUGAAAAUUAUCAAAGCCUUAGAUCUCCCUGCUAAAGACUUCAUGGGAACUUCUGACCCUUAUGUGAAGAUGUAUCUUCUUCCAGAUAGGAAAAAGAAAUUUCAGACUCGUGUGCACAGAAAGACUUUAAAUCCUCUGUUUGAUGAAACUUUUCAGUUUCCUGUAGCAUAUGAUCAACUAAGCAACAGAAAACUACAUUUCAGUGUGUAUGAUUUUGACAGAUUUUCUAGACAUGACAUGAUUGGGGAAGUGAUUUUUGAUAAUUUGUUUGAAGCCUCUGAUCUCUCCAGAGAAGCCACAGUAUGGAAAGAUAUUCAUUGUGCUACCACAGAAAGUAUAGAUCUGGGUGAAAUCAUGUUUUCCCUUUGUUAUUUGCCAACUGCUGGACGUAUGACAUUGACAGUCAUCAAGUGCAGAAACCUGAAGGCUAUGGAUAUCACUGGCUCAUCAGAUCCAUAUGUCAAAGUGUCUCUGAUGUGUGAGGGUCGAAGAUUAAAAAAGAAGAAGACAACUACGAAGAAAAACACUCUAAACCCUGUGUACAAUGAGGCAAUUAUUUUUGACAUCCCUCCAGAGAAUGUGGACCAGGUCAGCCUCUCCAUUGCAGUCAUGGAUUAUGAUAGGGUAGGACACAACGAGGUCAUAGGAGUGUGUAGAACAGGACUGGACGCCAAGGGUCUUGGGCGAGACCACUGGAAUGAAAUGUUGACCUAUCACCGAAAACCAAUAACACAUUGGCACCCCUUGCUGGAGUUACCUGGCCGGGCAACCAGUUUUGAUAGUCAAGGAUCCUGUCCAUCUCCCAAGCCAACUUCCACACCAUAA